GUCUAUACCGCUCAUCUCUAGCGCGCUUGGUUGCGGUCCGCUCUUGCCGGCUAAAUAAAGUGACCAACUGUAAAGUAAAGCAUAAAAAUGGAAAAAGCAGCUGAUGAGGAGACAUUUCAAAUACAGGCCCUGGAAAUACGAGAGCCAGAUGAAAACUUUGAUCCACAGAAGCCGCCAGAAUCUGGCGAGGAAUACCUAACACACAUGCUCUACGAGCGCAAACGUUGUCCCGCCGUGGUGACAAAGCGUUCCGCGAAAAUCAAAAAUAAUAUCACAAGCAACGGAUGUGAAAUGCUAAGCAGCCCACCUUUGCCGCCUCACAGGUGUCUGCUGCCAACGCCUGAAUGGCGCGAUGUCCAAGUGAAAAACUUCAAUAAUGCACGCGAACGCGUUGCUGCACUGCGUCUGGAAUUGAAGUCACAUAAAUACGAUCAGAGCGUUGAGCCGCCGCUCACAGCAGACGUAGAUAAAUGGCAGGAAUUCUGUCGAACGCAGCAGCCGCUACUGAGUAUCCUGCUGCGGCUCAGUCAAAACGAUUUGGAGCUGUUGCUGGAGAUGCUUUGCAAAUGGCUGCAAGAGCCAAACCAGACGUCGCUUGAAGCCGAUGAGCCCAGCACGUCAGCCAAAGCAACGAAAUCCAUAGAUUUACUGCAUGACGCUUGGCUAGCGCGCUGGCUAUAUGCCAACCUGGUCUGCCUGCAUCUGCCACUGGAGCCACAUGUGUUCAGCACGUUGCGCUGCAUAGCACGAUCCUGUGUUCUGCUGCGUAAUCAGCUGCAACCGCAGGAAGUGGAGCGUGCUGCACCCUAUAAUCUUAUGAUUACCUUGAUUGUCCUGUGCUUUGCGCAAUCGGACUUUAACGUUUACCUUUAAGAAGAUUCAGUUCACUUUACAAUUUCCAAUUUGUUCAAAAUAUAAGCUAAUAUAUUUAUAGUUUCUUAA